AUGUCGUCAGGAACAAAAGAAGAAGCAGAGGACAAGGAGCAUUCCAAGUCGACAGUAUUCGUAUCUAGUCUUCCAUAUACAGCGACCUCGUCGGAUUUGGAAGCAUUCGCAUCCGACAUUGGACCGAUUCGAUCUUGCUAUGUCGUAGCUGACAAGGAACAGCCCGGGCGUAACCGUGGUGUGGGCUAUAUCGUAUUUGCGCUUCACGAUGAUGCUGUCAAGGCUCUGUUAUUGCUCAAAAAGAAACAGUUCAUGGGAAAGAGAACCGUGAAAUUGGAAUGGGCUACCAAGAAAAAAAUCGUAAAGGAGAGAAAAGCAGCUGGACUUCCUGUCAACACAAAAGUCGAGAAGAAAAAGCUUGCCAGUCAGGUCAACCCUCCAAGCUUGGACGAAGCUGAUGAUAAAGACACUGUCAAGGCACCUGUAGUACAAGUAAAUCAGCCUAGAAGUGUAAUCAUCGGUGGACUAUCAGAAGCCAUAACGCUAAAAGAUGUUCGAGUCAAGGCUCGCAAGUUCGGAACCAUUCGCAACAUUACAUAUCCAUUCCUGAGUGAAUUCAAUGAACUUCGUAUGGCCAAAGUCGACUACAGCUCAUACGAGGAGGCUGAAACCGCUAUAGAUCACCUCGACAAACACGUCUUCAAGGGCAUCCCGAUAACAGCCAUAACAGCACCAUCACCAUACCAGCUCAAACGAUCCAAAGUCAUUAUACGAAAUCUCCCCUUCACAUGCACUAUCGCCGAUCUCAUCACCACCUUCAAACCAUACGGAAUCGUAUCCGAAUGCACACUACCAACGAAACCGGAUGGCAAAACAUUACGAGGGUUUGGAUUUGUCCAAUACCUGAACAUAGAAGAAUCAGAAAAAGCCGUCAAUGCUGUAAACGGGACUGAAAUCAAGGGGCGUAAAGUCGCCGUUGAUUUCACAUUGCCGAAAGAUCAGUUCCUGGAGGAAGCUAACAGGCCAGAUGAAGAGGAGCUGGAUGCCAAUGAUUCGGGUGUUGAAGUCAAGGAUGAAGAUGAAGAUGAGGAAAUGCCGCCACAGACUCUUGAUGAUUCAGAUGAGGAAACGAAUUUUGGGUCCAAAGGACAUGGGCGGAAGCAUAAUAGUAAUGGUGAGAGUGAUGAUGAGGAUGUCAAGGAUGAGGACGAUGGGUGGGAAGAUGUGGAUGUAAAGCCAUUGAAACCUAGACGAGCUCCUCAAGAAGAUGUCAACCAAGGAUGUACAUUAUUUAUACGAAACCUGUCGUUUGAUACCAAUGAGGAAGACCUUACUGAAGCAUUUUCUGUAUAUGGAAACAUAAGAUACGCAAGAACAACGUUUGAUGCAAGUACUGGUCAACCACGAGGAACUGGAUUUGUGUGCUUUUAUAAACAAGAGGACGCACAGUCUUGUAUAAAAGCAUACGAAAAAGCUGCAACAUCGGCUGUAGCAGACAUCUCAUCAUCCCUUACCAGCAAAUCAAGCAGUGAAAAGAAGAUUGGCAAGAAACUGGCACCCAUAUCAUCCGUACUAGCGCCAGAACCAUCCCUAACAUCCGCAUCCUCACAAUUCGUUUUAAACGGCCGUCUCAUGAAUGUGACUGUAGCACUACCAAAAGGGCAAGCCGAUAAAGUAGCUCACGAACGUAAAACCAUACGUAUAGAAAAGGAUAAACGUAAUUUAUAUCUGAUGCGAGAGGGUGUCAUCUUCCCAAACUCGGAUGCUGCCAAAACACUCAGUCAACCAGAGCUUGAAACACGUAUGAUGGCAUAUGGAUCUCGAAAGAGGUUAUUGACAUCAAACCCAAACUUGUUUUUGAGCAAGACUCGAUUGUCGGUUCGAAACUUGGGUCUCAAGAUUGAUGAUGCUGGGUUACGGAACGCUGGUAUAAACGCCGUUAAAUCAUUCUGGAAGGAUGUUGAAGAGGGUAAACGCCAGCCGCUAGAGAAUGAAGUAAUGGAAGAAGAUGCUAAAUUAUAUCCGAAACGAGCAAUCCCUUCCGUAAACCGAUACCCAAAAAUCAAACAAGCUAAAAUACUAGUCGCCAAAGAUCGAGUCAAUGUCGAGACUGGUAAACCACGAUCUAAAGGAUAUGGAUUUUUAGAGUUUGAGACUCAUGCUGAUGCAUUGGCUGCACUUCGUUGGAUGAAUAAUAAUAGUGAGGCUUUUGGGUCUUCUCGUGGUAGCAAAAUCCCCAUUGUUGAAUUCUCCAUUGAGAAUGCUCAAGUAGUUAAACGACGAGAUGAGCUACUUCGUAAAUCUCGUGAAAAGGCGCUUGUUGAAAAGAAGGCUGCUAGGAAGCUCAGGAGGGCUGAUAAGCAACCGGAUUAUGUAGCACCGGAGAGCAAUAGUAGUGGUGAUGCUAGUACUGAUGAAAAGAAGGAACAAAAGAGGGAGUGGAAGAAACCAGCAGACAGACCGAACAAUUCAUAUGAGUCACCCGCUGAUGGCGAUAAACCCAAAAAUACCAGUAAACAGGGUAAACCUAAACGUGACGACCAGCCAAAGAGCAAUGCUGCUGCCGCAACAACAUCACCAGCCGGUAAACGUAAAUGGCAAGAUGAUGCAUCCCAUGAUAAGAAGAAGAGAAGGACAAACGAACCUGCAGUAAAACCACUCAACUCAACACCAGCACAUGUUGUUGACUCGUCACAGCCAUCCAAAAAGAGAAGUGCUCCGUCAGUUAUAAAUCCCUAUGAUAACGAUGAUGAUGUCAAGAGACCGCGAAAGAAGCAGCAGAAGAGUAAGAGUGAGAAGAGGGAUGAUGACGAUGAAGCCAAGUUUGAGAAGCUGGUUAAUACGUAUAAGAAGAAUCUGUUUGGUGGUAGCACCACCAGUGCUACUGGUGGUGGUGAUAAAGCUGGGGCGGAAGAGUCGAGUAUAAGGCGGUGGUUUGCGUAA